AUGCACCCACCAUCAACGAAGGACUUUGUGUCUUUAACCCUCACUGGACAUGCAAGUGGCAACUAUAAUAACAGUAAACAGUGGAGAAGACAGUCCUGCUGGAGGGUGAGUGAUUGCUGAAGGAAGUCAACCAACCUUCUUAUCUCAAUCACACACUGAUCCGAUUACUUACUAUUUCCAGUUGAUUUAUAUGCUCUAAGAGAUAGCGCACUGAAUGUUUUGUACCGCAAAUGUAGCAUGACAUUUUAAUGGCUUACUAAAUGAAUGAAAAAAUGUCUGAAGACAUAAUUAUGAUCAUAACCAUAAUAUAAUGUGAUAGACAGAAAGGAAAUGACUGUAGCUCAGACCUGUCACUGUUAGUCAGUAGAGGUAUGACACCAUGGUUGUGUUGUUUAUCAGAAGAAUAUGACACUGCAGUGCUUCUGUAUAGUAGCAGCAUGUUACUAUAAUGACGCAGUUGAUCAGACAUGUAGCACUGUGUGACAUUUAGUGAUACGUCUGUAUUUCUUGUUUAUAGUGUACAUGUCUCUCCUGACAGACAAGCCAGUGCAGUCAAUUAUAACUGAGCGUUUGUCUAAUUCACUCUGUGCUUACGGCUUUGCCAUUUUCUCUCUCACCCAAAUUGCACCCAUAUAUCCACAGAAAUGGAAACAGUUAUCGAGAUUGCAGCGCAACCUAAUCCUCUUCACCGUAGCUCUCAUGUUAGUUUGUGGGAUUGCUGCUUAUCCCAGUGUCACAGAACAUUUCCAAGGUAAGGCCAGCAAAAAAAUGGAAUUGUUAUAAUGUAUGGUGGUGACUGUUUUUGAGCCACCAGAGACUGAGCAUUCUCCCCUCUGCAUCCUCCCCAGGCCUUACUGUUGUUGCGAAGGAGGAAGGGGACCAUGCUCUGAAAGCUGUCAUCACUGAGGUCCUACCUGAGUCAGACAAACUGAACCAACCGCUAGUACCAGAGCCACCUUCAGAGGUUGGUACAUUCCACUCCUCUGCUUUGCUACUAAAGCCAACCUUUGACUAUGACAAAAUAUCUGGAGUGACACAAACAGUAAGCUGUGUUUUUGAAUUAAACACUUCCCUCCCUUUACCAUGUCUCUUCCUUUAGAAGCAGAAGAGGGCACCCUACAAGCGGGGGCCACCCGGCCUGCAGAACCGCCUGCAAAAUAAAGGGAACAUGUCAGAUACCCAGGUGGAGAAAGAGGAGGGAGAGAAGCUACUUGUUAAGUAAGACUAGUCUCUAAUCAGUGGAGAUAACUGAUGGACUGAUUGAUAACAAAAUACUGAUACAUAAGCCUUUAUUGCAUGCGUUAGAGAAGUGGAUUGUGAUGAGUAAUCUGAAUAAAAUAUACAACUCGAUUCCAACCAAAUAUAAACAUGUUUUCUGGUCUUCUUAUCUUGACUGACCCCUAUGUGUGUUUAGCUGGCGUGGGGCCAUGAUUGACCAAGCCGCUGAAAGAGGAACUGCCAAGGAAGCAGAGAACAAGGUGGAUGUCCCAGCGGUUGAGCAAGAGGUCCACUCACACAAGGAGCCAGGUCUUUGCCAUGUUUCUGCCUCUACUGUCUCUCUUCUCUCUCUCUGUCUCUCUGUCAUCCCCCUGCUCAAACCCUCCAUAGCCCCCUUCAUGACCAUGAACAACAGUUGAGUUUAUUAACCACACGUUGAGUUUGAUAGAGGGCAAACUAGAGCUUUGACAGGAAAUGUGCAUGGCCUGAAAGAGACUUAAAUAGAAGUAAUGAAUUCAUAAUUCUGGAACGGACUUGGAUGGUAGCUAAUUAUCUUGGCACGCGUGUGUUUCAGAAGUCGAUAGGCUUGAGGCAGUACGUGAUGCUUUCAGACAUGCAUGGAAGGGCUACAAAGAGUUUGCCUGGGGCAAAGAUGAACUGAGGCCCGUGUCUAAGUCCUAUGGAGAGUGGUUUGGCCUGGGCUUGACCCUAAUUGAUGCACUGGACACCAUGUGGAUCCUCAACCUCAAAAAAGGUACAGUACAUUAAUGAUCCAGCUUUUCUAUAUACCUGCUGUAUCAGAGAGUUUGCAUGGAGUUAGACCACUAAAGUUGUUUGCCCUCUUUUGGACAGAGUUUGAGGAGGCUAAGACCUGGGUGUCCACAGAGCUGUCCUUCAAUAAGAACGUGGACGUGAACCUGUUUGAGAGCACCAUCCGUAUCCUGGGUGGCUUGCUGAGUACUUACCAUCUGACUGGAGACACUCUGUUCCUGGACAAGGCUGUGAGUCACAUACAGAGAGACCUACAGAGAGCUGGCACGUACUGUUUCUGCUGCUGGGCCUCUGGCACUUCCUCCUCCAGUCAUUCUGCCUCUCAAAGACCCUUUCAUGGGCUGCUGAUAAUGCUGCUGCUGGUCAUAUGAAUUAAAUCUGUGGGAGAAGGGGGUCUGGUUAGGAAAACCAAUAUUGAUUGGCAGUUCUGUUUAUUUAUUUUUGAUGACCUUGCAGAAAGAUAUAGGAACGAGGUUAAUGCCUGCCUUCAACACCCCGUCCAAGAUCCCCUACUCAGAUGUGAACAUUGGGAAGGGUACGGCCCACCCCCCUCGAUGGACAUCGGACAGCACUGUUGCUGAGGUCACCAGCAUCCAGCUGGAAUUUAGGGAGCUGAGUCGCCUCACUCAGGACACACGCUACCAGGUAAACCCAACGACAACACAGUAUCAGGAUCUGUUGGUAAUAUUCAUACCAACACUCAAAAGCAAUGUUCUAAUGGCAGGACUCGAUUCAUGUCAGCCUUUUGUUCAAGGUUUGAUUAUUCAGCACUCUAUCAAUCAUCUCUGACGACAUUAAACAGACUUAUUUCUCCUUCCCCUUCUUCCUUAUACAGGCUGCAGUGGAUGAGGUCAUGCAGAAAGUCCACAAGCUGGAGGGGAAGCAGGACGGCCUUGUCCCCAUGUUCAUCAACACCAACAGCGGCCAGUUUACCCAUUUGGGGAUGUUCACGCUGGGCGCACGGGCAGACAGCUACUACGAAUACCUCCUCAAACAGUGGAUCCAGGGAGGCAAGAAGGAGACAGAGUGAGUCGAAUUCCUUAAUUCCUGGACUUCUUUUCUAAACACUUUCCGGUCUACUUUUCUCAAGGCUGUAUAUGAGGUUUAAGCUGACGCUAAUUCUCUGAGUCAGGUCUAGGCACUCAAGUCCUACUCAUCUUGUCUAGGGUCCCUGCUAAGUACUGGGGGCAGGCAGCAGAGUUGUCACUGUUCUGGCUUGCUGUCAUGUUUGACAGCAGAGCUGUCCCUCCCCUGAUGUAACUGACACGACUUUAACAGCCCCGUCUCUCUGUUACCUGCAGUGCUGGACAAGCUGUGUGGAUGUGGCGGAACGGCUGUAUGUCGUAUCAGGCUGUGCAUAAGACUGAAAUAUUCAUGACUCUGUCUGGUGAUAUUUGCUGAACUUCAUGCACAACUAGGUCUUCAGAGCUGCUUUAUAAAACAUUUAUCCUCAGUUGGAACAGCUCUCGCAGACCCAGCACAGCUUGAGGACUUUGAUGCUUGAGGACAGAUUUAGUUAUUGUACUAUGUUUAAAGUAGUUCAUGAAGUUGUAUAUAUUUUUUAUUGGCUCAGUGCUGUAUCAGUUGGUGUUGACGGUGGAUUCUAUGGGACACGUAUAAAACAAUAACAGAAAACUACGCAAGUACCAUUUAAGCUGACUAUUCUUCUCAGUAUUUGUAUAGGUAUAGACCAUAUUCCUUUAAGUCAAAGCAGUGUUGUGUUAUACAGAGCAGUACAAAUAAACUGAUGUGCCUGGCUGUAAAGCUGUGGUUAUAUGGGUGUUCCUCAGGUUAUGCUCCAGAGUGCUUGGCUAUAAAGCCGUGACUGUGUGUUCCUCAGUUUGCUGGAGGAUUACCUGCAAGCCAUGGAGGGAGUGAAGAAGAACCUGCUGAAGAAGUCCUCUCCGAACAGGCUGACCUUCGUAGGGGAGCUUUCCCAUGGCCAGUUCAGCCCCAAAAUGGUUAGGAUACUGACUAUGCACACCAGAUGAGUGUGUGUGAAAAGGCUGCUGUUUUCUCUAGAUUGUGGACUCCAUUCUGUAACAUGGACAGGGUAGUUAUCCACUGACUCCCCCCUCUGUAUCUGUGUCAGGAUCAUCUGGUGUGUUUCCUCCCUGGGACCCUGGCUCUAGGGGCCUACCACGGCCUGCCAGCGGACCACAUGGAGCUGGCCAAGCAGCUGAUGGAGACUUGCUACCAGAUGUAUGCCCAGAUGGAGACUGGCCUGAGCCCUGAGAUUGUCCACUUUAACAUGCACGAGGGCAGCAUCAGAGAUGUAGACGUGAAGGUAGGGAUGUGCACUGAACAACACUCACAGCAGAGAUAUGGUUAUAAUCAAUACCCAACUGAAGUGCUAUUUGGUUCCUGACAAUUUAUUUCACUGUUGUAAAGUGUAUGUUUUUUUGAUGCAAUUGAUAUGAUUGUUUCUCGUGUGUGUGUGUGUCAUUUCCUCAGCUUGCAGACAGACACAACCUCCUGCGCCCUGAGACGGUGGAGAGCCUAUUCUAUCUGUACAGGUUCACUAAAGACAGGAAGUAUAGGGACUGGGGCUGGGAGAUUCUCCAAAACUUCAACAAGUACACGAAGGUGAGAGAGCACAGUCACUAACCAGCCUAGACUACUGUUAAUACUGUAAGUAAAUGAACUCGCCUGGUCCCAGAUCAGUUUGCAUGACAAUAGGAGUUGGCAAGACCGCACACUGAUCUGGAUCCAGGCUACUGAGAAAUGCAUUGUUUGAGAUAUUGUCACAUGCUGUUAAAGUUAAUGAUAAAUCUGUAUGUGUUAAUUGAGUGAGUAUUCCCCAGAGAUGAUGGAUCCUUCUCAUAAUACCAUGUGUGAUGGUCUGUGUCUCACCAGGUUUCUACUGGUGGCUACACGUCCAUCAACAACGUACGGGACCCAGAGUACCCUAGCCCCCGGGACAAGAUGGAGAGUUUCUUCCUGGGGGAGACUCUCAAAUACUUCUACCUGCUGUUCUCAGAUGACCCGGAGCUGGUCAGUCUGGACAAGUAUGUGUUCAACACAGAGGCCCACCCCCUGCCCAUCUGGCCCACUGCAGAGUGAGAGAUACACAGGGCAAGUCAACGUGACGCACAUAUACAGUAAUACAUCACAGCUCAGGGCUUGGCUAACACCAAGAUAUCUUGUUAUUCCUUUUUAUAUAUCUCAGUGACUCAAGUUUGGGUCGGUUUACCCUCUCCCAAUUUGAAAACUCUGGAAAAAUGCCUAUUUUUUAAAGCCGGAAUUCAUUGUUUGUUUAGUGAUUGUUAUAUCCAUGGGGGAUAUCAGCAGUGUUGGGGUGAGAUUGAGGUAUAGUAGCUUUGUUCUCUUUCUGUUCUCGCCACAUUGCUGGUACGGGGCCUGUCUGUCCUCUGAUAAUGACAGUUGUUUAGUCUGAAGGAAGAGUGGAAAACAUGAGAGCCAGCCAAGCUGUGUCCUUGGCUCAUCGUGGUUAUUUCGUGCACCAACACUAGAACAUAUGAGCGUGACUGGUCUCCAAGCUGUGUCUUAGUCGGAGGCAGCAGCAGCCUGAGAGGAAGUGGAAGUUUGGCAGAAUACGGCGCUAAGUGACCAAGUCCCUAUCAUGGAAUGAUAUAGUAUACUAUGGUAUAAAUCACUGUAGUGUAUACUGUAGUAUUUACAGUUAGCUAUAUUAUAAAUACUGUAGUAAAGGAAAACAGUAGUAUACUGUUGUAUUUACUAUAGUGUUUUUGUU